AUGGGCAAGAAGAGCUACCAGAACUAUGGCAAGACCUUCAGAAAGCCCAAGCGACCAUUCGAGAAGGAGCGAUUGGAUGGCGAAAUGAAGAUCAUCGGCGAGUACGGCCUCAAGAACAAGCGUGAGGUGUGGCGCGUCCAGUACGCGCUGGCCAAGAUCCGCACGGCAGCCCGAACGUUGCUGACCCAGGAGGAAAGGAGUGAGACACGUAUCUUCCAGGGAGAGGCAUUGCUGCGCCGCAUGGUUCGUCUGGGCCUUCUCUUGGAGUCCGAGAAGAAGCUCGACUUCGUGCUGGGCCUGACCACGGCCAAGAUCAUGGAGCGCAGGCUGCAGACCAAGGUCUUCAAGCUUGGCUUAGCCAAGUCCAUCCACCAUGCCCGCACACUGAUCCGCCAGCGCCACAUCCGUGUGGGCAAGCAGAUCUGUGACAUUCCUUCCUUCUUGGUGCGCCUGGACAGCGAGAAGCACAUCGACUUCGCCCUGACUUCGCCCUUCGGUGGAGGCCGUCCAGGCCGUGUGCGACGCAAGAUGAUGGCCUCCAAGGGCGGAGGCGGUGGUGGCGAUGAUGAGGAGGCGAAGCGCUGCUCUGUGUGGAGGGGAGAGCUGAUGUUCUUUGUCCCGCUGUCUCUCCCGAUGGCGACACCGGAUGCCUUCCGGAAGGGGGACCUCGUGGAGGUGUUUUACCGGAUGCCAGCUCCGGAAGACCUCGGCCGCGAGCGGGUGGACAUGAUCGGGGAUCGCUGGAUCCUCUGCGCCGCUCCGGUCUUGGGAAACAACAGGCCGCGCAUUGGCUGGACCCAGCGCUGGCUCCCUGCCGUGGUGGUGGAGGCCACGGAGGCCCCGGAGGAGGAGCAGGAGGUCCGGUGCCGCUGGGAACUACGCCAGUGGUAUGACUGGGCCACCGGCGACCACAUCGAGGUCACGACGGACCCCCAUGCUCUGGUUCACGAAGUUGGAGCGCGCAUGGUGCGGAGGCGAUCGGCAGAUGCAUGGAACAUUCCGAAGACAUGCAACUGGAAUUCCAACAUGCUGUACCCACGGUGCGGCACUGAAAUGGCAGUCGGUGGGUGCGAAGUUGCCGUUUCCUUUAUCGUGUUCCAGUGGGGUGCUGCAAAGAUCGGGGUGCAGUACGAUUCCCACUCUUGGGGAGAAUCGGAAGGUUCAACCGUGUCGAACCGUUUCAUUCAAAAAUUCUUUCAAGAUGCUGUGAUUCCCAAGUACCAAUGUGACUACGAGGUCCUGACGGUCUUCAUUCAACAUAGUGAUGAGUUUGCAGGAAUUUCAGCUGAAUUCCUUGCAUCGCUCUGCCGGGGUCGGUCUGUGUGUGCCCUUUACUUCUUGUGGCCUAUCCAGGGAUACCAAAGCUAUGGUGAGAAGUUGCCCACCGCAGCGGCUUAUGUCACUGCAGAGCCCUUCUAUGCCCUCGUAAGUCGCAUGGAAACUGCGGGCAUUCCGACAAGGUGGCCGCACCCCGUGCAGCUCUGGAAGCUCUUGACCUCGAAGGACUGGAUCUCGCAGCUUUGUAGCUCUUGGCAGUUCCAAAUUCCCGUGACCACCCGGGUCUCCAAAGCUUUGGUGCUCGUGGACCCCCCGAAGGCCGCUCUGAUGGCGCUCAGUGCCCUCCGAAUGCUACAGCGAGCCCGGCGGGAGGCUUGGAAGGCUACGCACUCGGAUUGGAGCGAAGGGGAGGCCGAGCUGGUGGUGAAGCUGGGCUACAGCUACGAGGCAGCAGAUGUGAGGAUGGUGAAGCCAGAAACCCUGGCCGAGGCCAUGUAUAGCCUGGUGACCCAGCCGAACUACACAAACGACUGCGUCUACGUACAGGAGCGCGUGCGGACGGUGCACUUGGAGGCGCGGUGCUUCGUUCUGAACGGCGAGGUCGUGGAAGCGCUCUUCACGAGGUUCGCGAGGAUCGACUGCAACGGUUACGUCCGAGACUACGAAAAGAGCUCCCAAAACGCCCAGGAGGAGCCCCUGAAGUGGCUCUUGAAUGACGAGGCGGCCUUUGAGGAUGCAAGGUCUCAGAUGAGGCGCUUGUCCCGUCUCUGGCAUCUUUGGCUCCUGACGCAGUCGGCCGAGCCGACGGUGUCCGUUCGGAUCGACUACCUCGUGGAGCGCGUGGCGCCGGGCAGGGCCGAGGUGUGGACCUGCGAGGUUGGGGAGCAGGGGUACAGCAUGGAAGGCAUCGAUCCUGCCCUUGUGUUCAAGGCCGUCGUUGACACUGUGUGA